UUCAGUUUGUUCAGUCCUUUCAUAAAUAUCACAUUUUUAAUGGCAACAGUGUCUUAUGUAUCACCGCAUUUUGGUUGACUGAGGUUUCACGAAACGUGGCCCGUGUAAUUUUUAAAUAUUUAAUUAAUUAACAAAAUGGGACCUAAAACCAAGAAAGGAGCUGCUGACAAACCCCCUAAAGCAGCUGCUGCCGCUAAAGCUAGCAAAACUGAGAAACCUAAAGAAUCCAAAAAAGAAAAUGUUCCACCUGCACCUAAAACCGGAGCUAAAGCAGAGAAGGUUGCACCAAAAGGCAAUAAAAAGUUGGGAUCUGGACAGUCAAAAGCCAAAGCUUUAGCUGCCAGAAAGAAGGUAGUCAAAGGUGCUCAUGGUACAAGAACGAGGAAAAUCAGAACAACUGUUCAAUUUCGAAGACCACACACUCUCUCCUUGAAGAGAAAUCCCAAGUACCCACGCAAGAGUGUACCUAAAAAACCACGCUUUGAUCAAUGGUCUACUAUUAAGCAUCCUCUUACCACUGAAUCAGCUAUGAAGAAGAUAGAAGACAACAACACACUAGUGUUUAUUGUGCAUAAGAGAGCUAACAAGCCUCAAAUUAGAAAUGCUGUCAAAAAAUUAUACAACAUAGAUGUACAGAAAGUUAAUACUUUAAUCAGGCCCGAUGGACAGAAAAAGGCCUAUGUGCGUUUAGCUCCUGAUUAUGAUGCACUUGAUGUAGCCAAUAAAAUUGGAAUCAUAUAAAUUGAAAUUUUGUU